AUGGUCUCAGCAAAAGAUGUGAUCCGUCGUCUCGAGGUCCCUCAUGAGCCGGGGCUUACAUAUUCCCAACUGUUCCUAUCAAACCAUGACUUGGUACCCGUCCCACCUGAGCAACGCACCUGGGGAAGUUUGAAUUUUGUGGCCUUCUGGCUUGCAGACAGUUUCAACGUUAACACAUGGAUGAUCGUGUCUUCGAUGGUUCAGCUUGGCCUAUCGUGGUGGCAAGCUUGGAUCUGCGUUUGGCUCGGAUAUGGCAUUAUUGCACCGUUCAUUGUGUUGAAUGCCCGGCCGGGUGCUAUGUUCCAUGUCACAUUCCCUGUGGUUGCACGUACCAGUUUCGGACUGUACGGAAGUUUGUGGUGUACGUUCAAUCGAGGCGCUAUGGCGUGCAUUUGGUAUGGUGUCCAAGCUAGCAUUGGGGGUGAUUGUGUCCGCGUAAUGCUUACAGCAAUGUGGCCAAGCGUGCAAAAUAUUCCAAACCAUCUCCCUGCAUCUUCGGGAACGACUACUCGAGACUUUAUGUGUUUCUUCCUUUUCUGGUUGAUCUCACUCCCUGCAAUCUGGUUCCCGAUCCACAAAAUUCGGCAUCUUUUCACACUCAAGGCCAUUGUUGCCCCAACUGCUGGAAUCACAUUCUUCAUUUGGUGUAUCGUGAAGGCCAAAGGCGUAGGGCCAAUCAUUCAUCAACCAUCUAAGCUCCACGGCUCCGAUCUCGCCUGGGCGAUGAUAGUGAGCUUGAUGUCUUGCAUGAGCAACAUGGCCACCCUAGUCGUUAACGCACCGGAUUUUGCUUCUCGUGCGACAAGUCCUGCCGCGGCGUUCUUGCCGCAGUUGCUCUCCGUUCCCAUUACGUUCUCGGUGGUCAGCUUCAUUGGUAUUAUCGUCAGUUCUUCAUCCGAGACGAUAUACGGGGAAGCGAUAUGGUCACCAAUAGACCUGUUGGGCAAAUUCUUGGAAAACAACCCUUCCAGCGCUACAAGAUUCGGGGUCUGGUUCAUCUCUGCAUCCUUCAUCAUUGCGCAGGUAGCUGGGGUAAUGUGGCCGUUUGACUGUCUGCCUUUUAUGAUGUCUCACAAUAAAAAUAAACUCUAUAGCACCAACAUUUCCGCGAACUCGAUCAGUGCCGGCUGUGAUCUCACGGCCUUAUUCCCUCGGUUCAUAAACAUUCGCCGUGGCGGCUAUAUUGCGGCCAUCGUUGGUUUGUGCAUGCUUCCGUGGAAUCUAUUGAAGAGUAGCAACAGUUUUACGUCUUACCUCUCUGCGUACUCCGUGUUUUUGAGUUCUAUUGCUGGCGUUAUGAUAACGGAGUACUUCUUGAUUCGCCGUGGGCAUUACAGAGUCGCCGAUUUGUAUGACACAAGGCGUGACGGAUGGUAUUGGUAUACUUUUGGUUUCAACUUCAGGGCGUACGCAGCCUAUAUUUCGGGCAUCCUCAUCAAUGUUGUUGGAUUUGCCGGAGCAACCGGUCGAACCGUCCCCCUCGCGGCGACCCGUGUCUAUCAGAUGUCGUUCUUCACAGGCUUUGGUGUCUCUUGCAUCGUCUACCUCGCCUUGAACUACUUCUUCCCUGUUGUUGGUGCCUCGAAAACCUUCGAAGAAGUGGAUGUUUCUCUUCUCGACGACGGUUCUAGUUCCGUCUACGAUCGUUCUGAUUCAAAGAACGACAAGGGGGACGCAGCGGUGACGAUCAGCCCGCUUUGA